AACUCCAGACAGAGCCAGACGUGGCCUCGCUCUCUUGUCUGCUGGGUAGGAACAGGCUCAGCUGCUUUGCUGCUCUCUCUAAUCAGGGCUUCCUCUUCCUCAACAUUGGAGGACUAUAGACAAUUCUGGCCUAUUGGGGAGUGGAUGAACAAGACGUACCCUGGCCACGUGCAAAACCUCCUCUCUGGACAUCAUGGCCAUAGUGCAGACCCUGCCCAUCUCCAUUGAGUCUGCCUCUGAAGGGGCUGCCCAGCUCCACUCAGGUGCCUGCUCGCCCCCUGCAGCGAUGGGCAGUGUCAGUAGCCUCAUCUCAGGCAGGCCUUGCCACAAGGCCACGGCAGAGUUCGGCCCCUUCCGCCUGCCAGGAGGCGCUGGCUCCCAAGAGCCCCUGUGCCAUGGACUCCCUGCCAAGAAAGUCAGCUACGCGUAUGGUAGCGAAGAGGACUGGGCUGAAGACGUCUCUCCUAUAAGCCCCUGUAGUGACACUGAAGAGCUGCAGGAUGACAAGCCCCAGGUUGGCACCAUCCGUGGACCUCCCCCCAAGCUGGUGCCUGUCUCUGGGAAACUUGAGAAGAACAUGGAGAAGACACUAAUCCGCCCAACUGCCUUCAAGCCUGUCAUGCCCAAGAACCGCAAUCCCCCAGUGCAGGGGCACUUGGCGCUGCGUCCCAGCACCUCGGUGCUCUCUGAGAGCCAAGCUAGCCUCGCUCAGCUCUUUGGCGGCUCCUCCACAGGGAGCACUGAGAAACACAACUCCCUGAGCUGCCGCACGAGCUCCCAUUCGGGAACCAUGUCUGACUCGGGACGCAACUCCCUCUCAAGCCUGCCCACAUACAGCACUGGUUGCAGCCAACAAAUGGAGCCAGUCAACGUCUCCAUGGGCCACAUAAACCUCGACAGCCAUGGCAGUAGCAGCUCACGGGGCCUCGCAGGUCCUUCAAACUCAGACAGCGGCCGGUCGUCGUCAAGCAAGAGCACAGGCUCUCUGAGUGGCCGUGGACACCCUUCCUCGGACAGUGGCUCAUGCGGUGGGCGCUCACCUGUGCACAGUGGUGCUGAUGAAGCCCUUCUUGUCCAUGAACUUGAGGAGAAGCUGCGAGAACGGGAAGCUGAACUGCAGCAUUUGAGAGAGAGCUUGGAUGAGAAUGAGGUGGCCAUUUGCCAGGUGUACGAGGAAAAGCAGAGGCGCUGUGAGGAGGAGAUGGAAGAGCUGCGGCAGGGCUACACCGUCAAGCUCCAGCAGGCAGCGCAAAAAGCGCAGCGCAGCCAACAGGUGCUGCAGCUCCAGAUCUUCCAGCUGCAGCAGGAGAAGAAGAAACUUCAGGAGGACUUUGCGCAGCUGCUGGCAGAGCGCGAGUUGCUGGAGAAACGCUGUGCUUCCUUUGAGCGAGAGCACACAGAGUUGGGACCACGGUUGGAAGAGACAAAAUGGGAGGUAUGCCAGAAGUCAGGUGAAAUCUCACUACUAAAACAGCAGCUGAAGGAAUCUCAGGCAGAGGUGGUCCAGCGGGGCAACGAGCUGGUGCUGUUAAGGGCUCAGCUGAGGGAAGCACGAGCUGAGAUGCAGGCUAGUGAGGAGCAGGUGCUGGGGUUGCAGGAGGUGGCCCGCACCAAGGCCCUGGAGCUGGAAGUCUGUGCCAACGAGCUGGCAAGGCGCAAGAGCGAAGCAGAGCUGCUGCGCGAGAAGCUGGGGCGCUUGGAGCGUGAGCUGGAUGGACUGCGUAGUGCCAGCGGAGAUCUCUGUCCCCUGCUGGCUGAGUGCGAUGAAGCAAAGGCCCAGCGGCAGGCGGCAGACACCCUGCAUGGUUUGCGUGCCCAGGCUGAACGGCUGCGGGCCGAGCUGCUUUGUGAGCGGCGGCGGGGUGAGGAGCAGCGGGAGGCUUUCCUUGCCGAGCGCGUUACCUGGCAGAGCGAAAAGGACCGGGUCAUCCGCUACCAGAAGCAGUUGCAACAUAAUUAUAUCCAGAUGUACCAGCACAACCGCGACUUGGAACGGCAGCUGCGCCACCUCAGCCUCGAACUUGAGGCCCGGGACAUGGAUGAGUAUGAGAUGCACGGUGGGGAAGGAAUCUGCUUUGAGGAGAUUGCUGCGACUGAGAUCUGAGCGCGCCUGGCGGAGGCCUCGUAAAG